AUGAAGUGGUUCGUCAUCCUCGGUCUGCUUGCACCUCGGGCUCUCUCUCAAGGUUGCGGCGGGAACCCCCGGAUCGUGACCAGGGAGGAAUGGGGAGCCCGACCCCCGAACUCCGAGACCUCCAUGUCCACCCCCGUCCCUUUCGUCAUCAUCCACCACACCGUCACCCCCCAUUGCCACAGCAUCAGCGACUGCAUCCCCUUGGUGCAACUCAUGCAGGACCUCCACAUGGACACGAACGGAUGGGAUGACAUCGGAUACAGGCAAGCCGAAAUUAAAUCCCCAUUAAAUUUUGUCUGUCUUCCGAAUCGCUUCCGAACUUUCUUAACGACGGCCAGCGACUUCGGUCACGUCCCAAAAGUUCUCAAUUUCCUAGUUGGCGAGGACGGGAACGUGUACGAAGGAAGGGGCUGGGACCGCGUCGGUGCUCACACCCCCGGGUUCAACAGCAGGGGCAUCGCCAUCUCCGUCAUAGGCAACUACAUGGAGGUACUCCCGAAUUCCGCAGCCAUGAAUACGAUUGAAGACCUGAUCGACUGCGGCAUCGGGCUGGGGAAGAUCCAAAGCGGCUAUUCCUUGAUGGGGCACAGGCAGGCCAGCGCCACUCUUUGCCCCGGUGACAUGCUCUACGACGAAAUCACAACUUGGGAUCAUUUCGACCCUUCGCCUUCUCGAUGA